AUGUCAGUACAUGCAAGACCUGGCCAGGGUUCGGUUAAACAUAUAAUGGCAAAACAAGAAUAUGUUACUGAUAGUCUGGAAACUUGUGAAUUUACUUAUGAAUGGACAAUUAAAAACUUCAGUCAGUAUAAAAGGGGAAUAAUUGAAUCAUCAAAUUUUUCAUCUAAUUUUUCUGAUUUUAACGAUGUAUGGAUUUUGAAAAUAGAUCCAUUUAAAGGCUUCGAAGAACGAAUCGAGGGUUUCCCGAUAUAUUGUGUAUCCAUACAGUUAAAACUUCAAUCAUUCUCUUCUACUUCACCAUUAUUUACAAAAUGUAAGAUAUCAAUUCAUCCUGACAUUGUAAAAGAUGAAGAAUACGAGUUUGAUAAGUUUCCAAAAGAAAGUGAAUGGAUAAAUUGUAUUUCAAGACCAGAUUUGUCAAAGUAUUCUGGUAAAUAUUUACUAAAUGAUGAACUUAAAAUUUCUUGUACUAUGACAAUAACUAAAGAACGAAAAAAUAAUUCUCCUGUAAUGUCAACAUUUAUUGCAACACCACAAUUGGGUGCAGACUUGAAAAAACUUUUGUUAAAUGAACAAUCAGCUGAUGUCAUCAUUAAAGUGGGACAACAAUCAUUUCGUGUUAUCAAAGGAAUUCUUGCAGCACGUAGUCCUGUUUUUGCUGCAAUGUUUAAUCAUGAACAAUUCAAAGAAAAUAAAAAUGGUGAGGUCGUCAUUGAAGAUAUUGAAGAAGAUGCAUGUCCAACGCCUUGGCCAACUUGA